AUGGACCUGAACACAUUGCGCACCAGCCUUACGGAGUCCGCUGUCCCUCAGACGUUCAACGGCGACGCCUACGAUGUCGACCCCGAGACGGGCUUCUUCCCGCGACGCCCGCUUCGGGAACUCGAAGGAGACUUUGCGCUGUGGGAGCGGACCCUUGUACAAGCACGGAGCGUCCUCAAGUUGGCAGCUGAUAGAGGAGAAGAGGCGAUCGCGAAGGCUGCGCAGGCCGAACAGUGGCGACACCGCGUGAGGAAUUGGCCGCUCCUUGACGUGAAAACCCUCGGCAGCAACAUCUGGACUCUGCGACGUGCACACUACGUGCUGACCUGCAUUCUGCACUUCUACGUUCACUCGCUCCCCACCAUACAGACCCAAGGUCAGACCAUCAUCCCGAGGCCUCUCGCCGUCCCCCUCUGCGAGGUGUCGAAGAGGAUCAGUCUCCCGCCCGUCCUCACCUUUGCAGACACUGUCCUCUGGAACUGGGAAUUCAAGAACCCGGACAAGCCGCUAUCGCUGGACAACAUGCGUUACAUCAACGUAUUCUCUGGAAACGAGACGGAAGAGAACUUCUACCUGCUCUCUGCAGCGGCCGAGUUGAAGGGGGUGGAGAUGCUGCAGAUCAUCGAACGUGUGGUGAACAUGGCCUGUCACCUGGAUCGCAAUGCCGUCGCGUCUAUCAUCCGUGACUUCGAGCAGCUUGUCAGGGUCAUUGAUGACCUGGCCGCCACUCUGAAGGAGGCCCCAAAGACUGUCCAUCCCCACACCUUCUACUGGGUUGUUCGUCCCUGGUGGAACGGCUCGGGGGAUGCCUCUCCCUGGGUCUUCGAGGGCGUCCCGCCCAACAGCACGCCCCAUCUGAGCGGUGCUUCUGCCGGUCAGAGCUCAGUCAUGCAUGCUCUAGACGCGUUCCUUGACGUCGACCACGCGCUGAAGCACGCCCGCCAGCCUGCGCCAUCCGAGGAUAACAAACGGACGGCAAGCUCGAACUUCAUGGCGAAGAUGCGCCUGUACAUGCCCGCUGAGCACCGCGAGUACUUGGCAGAGGUACAGAAGCGUCAGGUGCGGGACGUAUGUCAGCGGACUCCUGCGCUUCGCGCGCCCUACAACGCGGCAGUGGAUGCCCUCAAGAAGUUCAGGGAUACGCACAUCAUCACCGGAACGCUCUUCAUCGUCUCCCAGGCGAGGUCGCAGCCUCCUGAGUGGAUGGGCGCGCCGGACGUCGCGGUGACGAGAGAGGGACGGUCCAAGGGGACUGGUGGUAACCCUGUUUCCGCUCUCCUCAAGGCGGGCCGUGACGCGACCAAGCGUACGAUGCUCCAUGACCAGUAG